AUAGAGAGAGAGAGAGAGAAAGAGAAACGAGUAAAUUAAAAAAAGAACAAUACAUAUUAAACAUAUAAAACCAAAGAACACCAAGGAUAAAACAAAUACCACUCGUAUACUUUUUGUAGCACUUUCAAAGAUUUCGAACACCAAAUUGCGUUCAAACCUCGAAUGCUCGAAAGUUCGAUGUUUUUCUUCAUCAUAAAAAUCACCAAGUUCUAGUGUUAGUAGCCCAUAAAAUUGCUAAUGAUAUUACACAAAACUUGCAAAAAAGGGUAUGACACUAGAGCAUUUAAGUAAACUCGUUUUCCUUCGUUAAACACUCCUCAAGUAUCUCAUUAAAUAAAAAUACAUACAACCACAAUUGUUCCCAUUCUCAUACUCGUAAAUAAUUCAUUUGUGUCAAUGAUAAUAAAAAAUACCCACACGUACUUGUUGCCCAGAAGAGUAAAAUGGUAAUACCUUAGUCUACGUUUAUUACUCAAUCCAACAUGACGUUUACUUUGUCGCACGAUUUAUACGUUUACAACCUUCACUUAAUCCGGUGGUUCGCUUCAUUUGUCGGCCUUGAUAUAAUGGCUCCGAACUAUAAACCGAACAUUCUUACCUUUCUGGCAUUUUUUGGACUAUCAAUCUCGCUAAUCGGUGAGGUAUACACCGUUUGGUACUUCUGGCCUAUUUUAGACAAGCUAAUGGAAUCUGCAGCUAUCUUUGGUGUCUUCAUACAGGGUCUUGCAAAGUUCUACACAGCUCUUCGUUAUCGCAAGUUCUUUGAAGCCAUGUACAACCGUUUAGAUCUAUUCCAUUACGAAUAUCGGAACCAUGAAAAGAAUAAUGCAACUCUUCUCUUGCUAAUGAAUCGUAUCUGCUUGCUGAGGAAACUUAUUACAUCACAAUUUUCUAUCUCAAUCCUAACAUUAAUGGUUACUCCCAUGGCUCAAUACAUCCUGAAGGGUGAGCGGUUUCUGGUGUACACCAUUAUUUUGCCUUUCACCGAUCCGGAGAUAACAUCACACUACCUACUGAAUCUAGUUGUUCAGUACUAUCUCCUAAUUGUAGGAUUGGCUGGGUUUUCAGCUGCUGAGAGUGUGUUGAUACUUUUUGUGACCAGCGUUGCAGGAUAUGCCGAUGUGCUCAAAAAUAAGAUCAAUGAAAUGAACACUUUAUUGCUGGAUGCACAGAACUCCCGUGACCGUACGUCAGUCAAGUUAAAGCUACGUGAGAUUGUUUUGCUACAUCAGCGUGUUUUGGAGUACGAAGAUGAUCUUGACAAGCGUUACUAUCUCAACAACUGGGUUCAGGUGGCCUCAAGUAUUUUCAAUCUCACUGGUGCAUUGUUUGGUUGCUACGUCAGCAAUAGUUUUACCAUGUACGCAUUAGCGAUCACUAUUGUAAUUCAACUGUUUGAGCUAUGCCUGCUAGGAACUAUCCUCAGUAUAAAGAAUGAAGAGAUCGAGCAUGCAUUCUAUGAUUCUUUGUGGUAUCUGAUGGAUCAUUCUGAGAAAAAGGACUUUUUAAUCAUGUUUCACAAAUGCCAACAUGCCAAGGAAAUGACUGUUGCCAGUAUGGCGCCGCUGAAUAUCGUUCUUUUUAUUGCUAUAAUGCAAAAGAUCUACGCCUUAGCCAUGAUGAUGAUGAGGUUUUCAGAGUGAAUUAACCAUACCAUAACAUAAAUAAUAGUUUUCAAAUUGAUUUAAGGCAUUCUAAAGAGCCAAAGACAACUUUAUAUGUUGAAAUAGGUUUUCCUACAACGUAUAAUUUAAGACACGAGCAAAAAAAUUUGUUCAAUAAAAUACUUUAUUCUGUACUCAUGAAGUGCUAAACUCCAGAUUGGUGUUGCUCUAAUGUUAUUAAGAUUUGUUGUUUGUAUGCAGAUCUUGAGAGAUCAUGUACUAAAUAGUGCUAGUAUUACAAGAUUAUUAUAUAACAAUACAAUUUUAAAUAAACUUUCAAAUAAAGCCAACCAUUAGCCACCCAAUUGUUUAAUUUUUUUCAUUUUCUAAAUUGCUCAACCCAUAUUCAAUCGUGAAAAAUGCGUAUACAAUACAAAAAAAUCUAAAUUCGGUCCGAUUACAUUGCAGCAACAUGCUGGGAAUUCAAUUAGAUUUCAUA